GUGGAGAGGACGUGGUUAUUGAAAACCGAAGAAAAAAGCUAAGCGAUAAACAGGCUGAAACCGCAAACUGUGUUGGUUGACUGGUAAAACUGAGAAUGUGACGGGUAAUAUAUUAUAGCAUGGAUUUUUCGACGGACAGUUUGUAAGUUCUUAAGACAUAGCUAAACACGAUUAGCUACUUUUGGAGGUGAGAAGAAAGGCAUACAAUGCCGUGGGAGCGCCUUUUGUCAUCUUCGGCUCUCCUUGCUCUUCCUCAUUUACCGACUGCGUGAGGACGGACUCAAAACAAGAAACUACUGUAUCGAUAACUGAAGCUAGCUAUAACCUGAACACGUGCUAAUUUACAAUGGCGGAUAGCGUAGGAGAGGUUGCUAAUGGUGAAAUUGGGUUAGGUGUUGGUAGUCAGGGAAAUGGAGCUCCGCUGUUACCGAGUUUGGGUAAUUCUCUGCCGGGCCACUCGACGAGUGGAGCUAACCCUGCCUCGCCAUCCCCAGCAGCGGCUGCGGAGACUGGCCUAGCCGUCAUGGCCCCUGGAGCCGCAACUACCUCAACCAUGGGGACUGGGAGCGGGUUUGGAGGUGCAGGUGCUCUUAGCGCGGUAGUGGGCUCUGCCAUUCCAAUACCCACCUACUCGGCCACCAAUGCUCUGCCGGGCGGUAUCGGUUUGGGGGUGGCCGGAGCGGGCCUCUUGUCCCAGAUUCACGCAACGUCCUGGGACCCAACACUAAGUACCGACUGGGACAACGAGAAGACGUCCCAGCAAUGCAUUCUCCGAAUCAAAAGGGAUAUAAUGUCCAUCUACAAGGAGCCUCCCCCGGGUAUGUUUGUAGUUCCUGACCCUCACGACAUGACUAAGAUCCAUGCCCUCAUCACAGGACCCUUCGACACGCCCUACGAGGGAGGCUUCUUCCUCUUUCUGUUCCGCUGCCCCCCGGACUACCCCAUCCACCCCCCACGGGUCAAGCUCAUCACCACUGGCCAAAACACUGUGCGCUUCAACCCCAACUUUUACCGCAACGGCAAAGUAUGCCUCAGCAUCCUCGGGACUUGGACAGGGCCAGCAUGGAGCCCGGCCCAAAGCAUCUCCUCAGUUCUGAUCUCCAUCCAGUCUCUGAUGACUGAGAACCCUUACCACAAUGAGCCAGGCUUUGAACAGGAGAGACACCCAGGGGACAGCAAGAACUACAAUGAAUGCAUCCGCCAUGAGACCAUGCGCGUGGCUGUAUGUGACAUGCUGGAUGGGAAGGUGCCCUGUCCAGAAGCCCUGUGGAGUGUGAUGGAGAAAUCAUUCCUGGAGUACUAUGACUUCUACGAGGGGGUCUGCAAAGAGAGACUACACCAACAGGGACAGAACAUGCAGGACCCUUUUGGAGAGAAGAGGGGUCGCUUCGAUUACCAGGGCCUACUGGCACGCUUGAGUGCCACCCAGAGGCGCAUACGGGAGAAGUGCCCACCGGAGGACAACGAUGAGCACUCGGACUCGGACACCAGCUCCUCAGGCACAGACCCAGAUAGCCAGGGCAGCUCCCAGCCUUAGCCACCAGAUGGUGCCACACUACCUAUAUUUUUCUGUUUCUCCCUUUCUGUUUUUGCAGGAUGGUUUUGGCACAAGCGAGAUGUUGGAGGGGGGGAAAGGCUUGAUAUCAGGAAGCACUUAUGAUACAAAGGCAGGGGAUAGCUAAUGACUGUUUUGAUUGGUUCUUUUUCCUUCCCCAGCAAUCAUAAGUGCCUUUUGAUUUAUUUGUUUUUAUUUUUCCAACUGUUGUAAGUAAACAAUGCUUGUGUUGGGAGAGUUUGGCUUGUAGAAAUGGACACUAGUUGUUUUGAAAGCAAUUUGUCAUAUUCUGCCUUUAGUUGUCUUUUGUUUUCCCACACCUGAUUGGAUUAGGAAGUGGAGGGGAAAUCUGAGAUUGCCCAUUCUCAAUAUUCAGUCAGUACAACCACAUCGAUCGUAUAAAUCAGAUCACCAACUUCUGUUCUUUCAUACAUCGGUACAUACAUCUCAGACUAUCCACUUCUAAAGUCACAUUGUCUCUUGUGAUCUUUCCUUAAUCGGAACAGUACUUAAUACAAUUAUGAACAGUCAUAAUUACGUUAUGAAUUCAUAAUGAAUUGCAUUUGUUUAAAAAAAUAAUUUAAACUCCACUAAUGCCUAGUACAAAAUAUGUACAGUUGUGGCCAAAUAUGUAGGCACCUUUGCACUUUACAGUGGAACAGAUUGUACUAGUGGUUAAAGCUUUGAGGCCAGUAAUUGAAAGGUUGCUGGAUCGAAUCCCCGAGCUGACAAGGUAAAAAUCUGUCACCCCCCCCCCCCCCCCCCCCCACCUCUCUGAUUCAGAGGGGUUGGGUUAAAUGGGGGACACACAUCUCAGUUGUACAACUGACAAGGUAUCCCCUUUUCCCUUUAAUAUUUCUUAUUUUCAAAACUGGUUGGGUGGCUAUUUUUUACCCUGUAGGCACUUGCAAUUUAUAAGUGAGGAAAAAUUACACAUCACUUGCCUCCAACCAAAUGUAUUAGAAUUCCAAUAAUGUCACCAAGGCCAUAUUUUGACUUAAAUCAAAAUGUCAGUUUUGAUAAAAACAUGUCUUGGUCCUGUGCAGAUGUAAAUCAAACAAAUAUAGGUGUGAACUUAUUUGAUAAGAAAAUAGUGAAUCGUUCAAGGGUGCCAAUAUAUUUGUCUGUAUAUGUAUAUGUGCGCACAGCGAGAGAUUUUAUUAUGGUCUGUGGGCAGUGUGUUCAAAUAAUUUUCUGUUGACUGAAUGCUAAAGCCUGCAUGGGAAGUUUUUUUUUUCUUUUUUCUCCCCUAUGCAUGACAACACUGCUCUCUGAAUCAAUGUUUGAUGUGUAUGAUUAUCAUUGAGCUAUAGUGUUGUGGGUUAAACUUUCAAGAUAUGUUUUUUUUUCUCUGAUGCUAAAAUGCUGUUAGAGACUAAUAGGAAUGCCAAGAAAGCCAGAUUUGUCAUUUGACCUGUCCCAUUAAACCAAUGCAACGUUU